CUAUAUAAGUGAAAGUCAUCUCCAAUGGGAAUUGGACGAAGCAAACGUAAACCAAUCAUAUUUGGCAACUGUAAAGAAGUUUUACAGACGGUUAUAAUGAUUUAUCUUGCUACAAACUUCGUUAUUGGGGAAGAACAAGAGACUGAGUUUUGUAAAAGAGGGUGGUCUGAAUUUGUUGAAGACAGAAAGCAAUGGGAAAGAGAAUGUUUAAAUGACGAUGAUAUCAAAAUAACACAGUGUUGCAACGAAACAUUUCACUAUCUUGAUGAAAGAUUUAAUGACUACAUAAAGUUGUGUCCCAUUGUGGAAGGCAAAUGCACAUGCGAUGUUCUUGAAAAAAAAAUUGACCGUAUUACGUACGGUAACAUGUCGGACCCAGUAUCGUGGAUGAAACCAAAUAUUUCAUGUGGACACAAGUUUCAAAUCCGUCGCCUGGAAAUGGAGCCAGACGUAAGAUCGCCGCACAGUUUUCCUGUUGGUUUUAAUAAAAUCAAGAAUAUAUUUCAACUGUAUGGAGGGCGGGAGAAAUCAUGCGAUAUUAUGGUUUAUGUUCGCUCCUGUAAAUAUGAAGGGCUUAAAGAAAUGGUCAAGAACUAUGCUAACAGAAGAGUUUCAGAUUGCAAAAAAGAUAUUCUCGUUCUAUGGGACAAUUAUAAUUUUCUUGGCUUAAAUCCGCACGUGAAAAGAUUUUUGAAGAAUUUUAUCAGAAAUAAGAAACUGGGCGUGGAGGAACAUGGAACCCAUCUUGGUUUCAUUAGUGUCACAAGCUACAACACAGGAAGAAAAUUAUUUAAAGUAGGGGAACUUAGGAAUAAAACUGAAUUGAUAAAGUGGUUGGAUAGUUUUGAAAAUAGCACUGAUCCGAGCAGAAAUACGACCAUCAUAAGAAAAUCAUAUGAACUCGAGCACGUAACUAAAGUGUUCAACAACGGCAGCAUCAACAAAACUUCCCGUCCUAACGUGGACGACGUCAUUUUGUUGCUAUUAUUGAGCAACGGAACGGACGCUAGAAUGGAAAAUCAAAGCAGAUUUAAGGAUGAGUUUAUGACAACAAUAAAGAAAAAUGUCACUAUUAUUGCCCUGCUUGGAAGCAUUGGAGACGAGAUCAAAGACUUGAAACUUCACAUCAAGCAUCGGUCGUCACCACAGCUAGUCUUUAAUUCAGUACUCUCGGACAAUUUUGACAAUGUUGUGAGUAAAAUUGUCGAUGCUUCGUGCACACAUUCAGGAGGAUGUGGGUGCAUAAGUGAACAGGAGUUCAUUGCAUAUACUAAACCAGGAGCCCUCACUGGAUUGGUUAAUUGGACAAUACCCGACGUCACGUGUUCUGAUUACGAAAGAGGCCAGGUUGAUCCACCUGAUCUCACACCUCCUGCAAAUUUCUCAGUGGGAAAGCACGUGAUUACCUACCCGUACUCGUAUAAACGUGGUGGCAAAGUGGUUCAAUUUAAAUGUUUUGUCAACUUUACUGUUGUUCCUUGUGAAUGUCCAUGUCCGCAAACAGUGGAAAAAGAUGUAGACUAUAGGGGAAGGGCCUUUGUCAGUUGGGUAGAACCUAAACCGAAUUGCCCAACCAUACAAAGUUCAGGUAAUCCGAUCACAACCAGUGGAUAUUUUGCUUUUGGAAAUUACACACAGAACUACAGCUACACGUACAGCAACGAGACCCAAUCAUUUGUUAUUGAAUGCCAUGUAACAAUUGUGGUAACUAUAGGUCUAUCAAUCCAGUUAAAAGGGCCUUCAAGUUCAAAUGGUGUUGGUCGUGUGGAAAUAUUCCAUAACGGAAAAUGGGGAACAAUCUGUGACGACCAAUGGGAUAUCAAGGAUGCUAAAGUUGUGUGUCGUCAACUUGGGCAGAUAUGGUUAGACAAUGUUCAUUGUUCUGGGAAUGAGCAAAAUUUGGCCAGUUGUUCCCAUAGAGGCUGGGGAGUCCAUGACUGUCGUCAUUUUGAAGAUGCUGGAGUGAACUGCUUUGGUUUUUUAAUCCAGUUAAAAGGGCCUUCAAGUUCAAAUGGUAUUGGUCGUGUGGAGAUAUUCUAUAACGAAACAUGGGGAACAAUCUGUGACGACCAAUGGAAUAUCAAGGAUGCUCAAGUUGUAUGUCGUCAACUUGGUUACAAGAAAACCCUUGCGGCCCUUCAGGGAUAUCGUGUCCCUUCUGGUUCAGGGCAGAUAUGGUUAGACAAUGUUCGUUGUUCUGGGAACGAGCAAAAUCUGGCCAGUUGCUCCCAUAGAGGCUGGGGAGUCCACAACUGUCGUCAUUCUGAGGAUGCCGGAGUGAACUGCAUUGCAGUUUCAGAUAAAAGUUGUGCACAUUGGUACAAGUCUGGCAGGAGAUUUGAUGGAAUUUACACAAUCAAUCCGGAUGGUAAGAGUUCUUUUCAGGUCUGGUGUGAUAUGACAACCAAUGGAGGAGGAUGGACGGUGAUUCAGAGAAGGAAAGAUGCAAGUGUGGAUUUUUAUCGUGGUUGGUCAGAAUAUAAAACAGGAUUUGGCACUCUCUCUGGGAAUUUUUGGCUUGGUUUAGACAAAAUACAUCGUUUAACAGAAUCUGGUCAAAACACAUCAAGAAUUAUCCUGAAGUCUGGUGAUGCGAUAGCUUCUGUAAAAUAUUCGAUGUUUUCUGUGAGUCAGGAAUCAGAGGGUUAUAAACUCCACGUUGGUGGAUUUUCCACAGAGGGACCAACUAUCAGGUUGCGGGGGCCAUUAAGAUCAAAUGGUACAGGUCGUGUGGAAGUAUUCCAUAACGGAAAAUGGGGAACAAUCUGUGACGAUAACUGGGAUAUUAAAGAUGCUGAAGUUGUGUGUCGUCAACUUGGUUAUCAAAAAGCUAACGAAGUCCUGCAAGGAAAGUAUGUUCCCUCUGGCACUGGACCGAUAUGGUUAGACGACGUUCAUUGCACUGGGAAUGAACAAGAACUAACUAAUUGUCCUUCUAAGAACUGGGGAAGCCAUAAUUGUCAACAUUCUAAUGAUGCUGGGGUAAAUUGUUCAGAAAAAGAUGAAACAGUGAGGCUGCAAGGGCCAUUAAGUUCCAUGGGUAUUGGUCGUGUGGAGGUAUUUCAUAACGGAACAUGGGGAACAAUCUGUGACGACGAAUGGGAUAUCAAGGAUGCUCAAGUUGUGUGUCGUCAACUUGGUUAUCAGCAAGCCCUUGCAGCCCUUCAGGGAAAUCUUGUCCCUUCUGGUUCAGGGCAGAUAUGGUUAGACGAUGUUCGUUGUUCUGGGAAUGAGAAAAAUCUGGCCAGUUGUUCCCAUGGAGGCUGGGGAGUCCACAACUGUCAUCAUUCUGAAGAUGCUGGAGUAAAAUGUGCUCCAAAAGAAAAUGCUGGAGAUUCGUUGAUUGAUAAUAACGGGGCAAAAUUCAGUACCAAGGAUAGAGAUAACGACAUGUCGAGUGAAUUCAACUGUGCUGUGCUCCACACUGGUGCAUGGUGGUACAGUAACCAUGACAACACAUGCGGAAACUCCAAUCUCAACGGUUUCUUCCCCAGGGCAGGUAUAUCUUCAGGUGGAAUGACAUGGUACAACUGGAACAACAAUCGACUAUCUAUGACAAAAAGUGAGAUGAAACUCCGGCAGGCUGAUUUUUAGAACAGCAUUCCACGCAGGAUUGUUGGUAAUUUACAACACAGGCCUAGAAAACAUUA